AUGGGGACGCCACCCACGGGACACGUCGCGAGCACAGUCGCGCGCACGGGCAGCCCGCUCCUCCCCCGCGGGCCUCCACGGUGGCGACAGAAAAUCACCUCACGCCAGACAGGGCCCCGAGAACGGCGCGCUGUGAUGGGGGGACACAGGUCCGCCCGGGAAGCGGAAGGGCCAGAUUAUGUGGAUAAGCCUUUGGAAAAACCUUUAAAGCUGGUGCUUAAAGUUGGAGGAAGUGAAGUGACUGAACUUUCUGGGUCAGGGCAUGAUUCUAGUUACUAUGAUGACAGAUCAGAUCAUGAGCGAGAACGACAUAAAGAAAAGAAGAAAAAAAAGAAAAAGAAGUCUGAAAAGGAAAAAGAAAAGCAUCUAGAUGAUGAAGAAAGAAGGAAGAGAAAGGAAGAGAAAAAGAGGAAAAGGGAGAAAGAACAGUGUGACACUGAAGGAGAAACGGAUGAUUUUGAUCCUGGGAAAAAAGUGGAGGUUGAACCUCCUCCAGAUCGUCCUGUCAGAGCAUGCAGAACUCAACCAGCUGAAAAUGAGAGCACACCAAUCCAGCAAUUACUAGAACACUUCCUGCGCCAGCUUCAAAGGAAAGAUCCUCAUGGGUUCUUUGCUUUUCCAGUCACGGAUGCCAUCGCGCCUGGAUAUUCCAUGAUAAUAAAGCACCCCAUGGAUUUUGGUACGAUGAAGGAAAAAAUUGCAGCAAAUGAAUACAAAUCAGUCACUGAAUUCAAGGCAGAUUUUAAACUGAUGUGUGAUAAUGCAAUGACUUACAACAGACCAGAUACUGUUUACUACAAGCUAGCCAAGAAGAUACUGCACACAGGCUUUAAGAUGAUGAGCAAAGCAGCUCUUUUGGGUGAUGAAGACACAGCAGUUGAGGAACCUGUCCCUGAAGUUGUUCCUGUACAAGCAGAGACUACCAAGAAAUCCAAAAAGCAAAAUAAAGAAGUUAUUAGUUGCAUAUUUGAACCUGAGGGAAAUGCCUGCAGCCUGACAGAUAGCACUGCUGAAGAACAUGUCCUGGCACUAGUGGAACAUGCAGCAGACGAAGCUCGGGAUAGGAUCAAUCGAUAUCUACCCAACAGCAAGAUUGGUUAUCUGAAAAAAAAUGGAGAUGGAACUUUAUUAUUUAGUGUGGUAAAUUCAUCUGAUCCAGAAGCAGAAGAGGAAGAGACUCACCCAGUGGAUCUGAGUUCCCUGUCAAGCAAAUUAUUACCUGGCUUCACUACGCUAGGCUUCAAAGAUGAACGAAGAAAUAAAGUAACCUUUCUUACAAGUGCUAGUACAGCACCUUCCAUGCAAAACAACUCUAUAUUUCAUGAUUUGAAAUCAGAUGAAAUGGAACUCCUGUACUCGGCAUAUGGUGAUGAAACUGGGAUACAGUGUGCCUUAAGCUUACAAGAAUUUGUGAAGGAUGCUGGAAAUUACAGCAAGAAAAUAGUAGAUGAUCUUCUGGACCAGAUCACUAGUGGAGAUCAUUCCAAAACUAUUUAUCAGCUAAAGCAGAGGAGAAACAUCCCAGUAAAACCGCUGGAUGAAGUUAAAGUUGGAGAAUCUGCUGGAGACAGUAACACUUCUGACUUGGACUUUCUCUCUAUGAAACCAUAUUCAGAUGUAUCUCUUGAUAUUUCUAUGUUAAGUUCGUUAGGGAAAGUGAAGAAGGAGCUUGAUCAUGACGAUAACCAUUUACAUCUGGAUGAAACAACUAAGCUGCUGCAGGACCUUCAUGAAGCUCAGGCUGACAGAGUGGGAUCCCGGCCAUCAUCCAAUUUAAGUUCCCUCUCCAAUACCUCUGAAAGAGACCAACAUCAUCUUGGAAGCCCCUCUCAUCUGAGUGUUGGAGAACAGCAAGACAUUGUUCAUGAUCCCUAUGAAUUUCUUCAGUCUCCAGAAACCUCAAAUGCCACUACUAACUAA